UAAAAUAAAAAGAACUAAGCCUAAAAAGACAAAUUGAUUCCUUUUCUUUCUCUUUAUUUUUUUUUUAUAAGUAUGGGAAAGCCAAUAACAUCCAAAGAUAAAGUGAUGUUCUUGGCUACGGCUGAUGAACAGAAUGAAAGUCAACUAUUUCAAGAAUUAUGUACUGCGGCUAGAGAAGGGGAUAUUGAACAAGUAGAAAAUUUAGUCAAACAUUUUAAUGCACCUAUUAAUUAUGUGGAUGAGUGGCAGUGCUCUCCACUUUACUGGGCAUGCCUUUGUGGGCAUUAUGCUAUUGUCAAAUAUUUAUUAGAAAGUGGAGCACAGUGUGACAGAAAUACCUUUCAAGGGGAACGGUGUUUAUAUGGAGCAUUAACUAGUGAUAUCAGAAAUUUAUUGUUAUCUUACAAACUAACCAAGGCUGUUGAUGAAGACCAGCCCUAUUUACUUUACUUGACUCAACUUUUUGAAAGUCAUGCUCAUCAUGAUUUGACAUUUCAAAUACCUAUGACAGAAGAUCAUCAUGAGUUCUAUGUUCACAAGUUUAUUCUGGCAGCAAGAUCACCUUAUUUCGGCAAGAAUUUGCUCAAUCGAUGGUCGGAACAGGAUCAUGUCAAAUUACAGAGAAACUUGGUUCAUCCGAUGACAUUUUCAGCAUUGUUACGUUACAUUUACACAGGUUACAUUGACUACGCACUCGAUAAUGACAUUCUCGACAACAUGCUAUUUGCUGCCAAGCAUCUAGAAUUCCACCAUCUCCACUCACUCCUACUUGAGCAAAAAAGCACAAACGAUGCACUUCGAUCACAUAGUAAACAGGAGAUAAUAAUGCUACGUCAUGAUUUUGAAAAGUUUUAUAUCGGCAUGAUCACAGUUGCCAUGCGAGCUGAGCCACAGCAAGAACGAACUUGGAUUAUGAUCGAACCUUGGGCUGCAGAGUCGCUCGAAUGCUCUCCCAAGAGCAUCUUUGCGGACAUUGCUAUUAAAUUACACAAUAACAUCAUUUUUCCGUGCCACAAAGCUUAUUUGUGUCGGGUAGAGCUUUUUAAUACCAUGUUGAGUGGCCCGUUUGGUGAGCAAGACGCCAAGUUAGUUACGCUUGUGUAUCCCGGCCAGACCAAUCUGGUACUUCCUCUGAUUGAACUAUAUGAUGUGGAUGCAGACAUAUUCGGUUACUAUAUUCUUCAGUUUAUAUAUACAGAUAAAUGUAACAUCCCUGCAGAAGAUGCAUAUGAUGUAUUACUAGUCGCCGAUAUGUUGUUAAUUGACCGACUCAAGGCGAUGGCUGCCAUUGUGAUUACCAACCAGAAAGAGCCUAUUAUAGAUAUAUAUGAGCUCAUACAGACAGCCAUCGAGUUACAAGUAGAGAGGGUAGAACAAUAUUGUAUAAAAUACUUUGCACAUCAUUUAGACGAUUUCAUUCAUCAACCUCAAUUCUUGAAUUUAAUAAAACAGAGCGCAGCAAGCAUUAAGAAACGAGAAGAGACAGGUAAAAAUGACGUGAACAAAUGAUAGUACUAACUAUAAAGAUUCCAUUCCUUUUAUUGAUGAUCUAAGGUACUUUUUAACAAAAGAGCAUUUCAUUGCUGAAGAAGACUUGAAUGAAUUAGGAAGGGUUAAUGACGAAUAUCAAGAGACAUGGACUGAACUAGAGACGCUUUAUAAUCAAAAAUUAGAAAUGCUGGACCAAGCUUUAAGUUCGCUUGGAUUAGAAGCUUAAUUCAUGUGUUACUGCUAUAAAUGGUAUUUCCAAAAAUGGUAAUGAUUAUAAAUAAAGAGGC